AUGUGCUACAGCUGCUCUUUAGGCUGCCAGGCAGCCUGCUGCAUGCCCAGCUCCUGCCAGGUAUCCUGCUGUGUGCCCGUGGGCUGCCAGUCCUCUGUGUGUGUGCCUGUGAGCUACAAGUCGGCUGUGUGUGUGCCUGUGAGGUAUCAUUCCUCCGUGUGUGUCCCCAUGAGCUGCAGGCCCAUCGUAUGUGUGGCCCCCUCCUGCCAGUCCUCUGGGUGCUGCCAACCCUCCUAUACCACCAUCAUCUGCAAACCCAUCUCCUGUAGCACCCCUUCCUGCUGUUGA